AUGCUAAAUUCUCUCUUUUUGCUGUCAAUCAAGAAAGUAUAUGAUAAGAAAUUCCAACUCAAGAAGGUUUCAAAGUACAUACACUUGAUAGCAGCUGCCAAAGACGUGAAUUUCAUUUUUGCUGAAGAUUCAUAUUUUACGCCCAAUGCAACUGCCGACUUUAUUCCGCCAUCGCAAUUGAAUUACACUUGGAUACCAAUGAAAGCUUCGGAAGAUUUCAAAUUUAAUGAAACUAAAAAGAAUUGGUUCGCAUUUAAAGGAAAUGUUAAAAUUCCAAAAGAAUAUUCACCACAUAGAGAUAUUUUACGUCUUACAUUUGAUGUGGCUGCACAUUACAAUGUCCGUCGCUGGGAUGAUGAAUUCCCUGCCGGACCAGAAGGACAAAUUUGGUUAAAUGGAAAACAUGUAGGCGCAAUUGAUGAAUUUCAUAAUUCUCAUAUUAUUACAGAAGGAGGGUUAGUUGAAAUUCGUCUUUAUACAGGCAGAUGCAGUUCAAGUCACGUUUUAAAUAAAUUUGGAAUUACAAUUUCAAACAGAUGGGCCGAAAAACUAUACUAUUAUCUAAAGGUUACAGAAAAGUUAUUGAAAGACAUACCAGAAAACAAUACACAGCGCGACCAAAUAAUAGAUAUCUUAAAUGAAGUUUUGCCAAUGAUAGACAUCAGAGAAAUAACAUGGCCGAUUGUAUUACCAAUUGUACGAUAUCAUGAUCGUGAUUUGAGCAAUUUCUUCGGUUCUCUUCCAAAUGCUUUAGAUAAACUCAUGAAAUUACUUAAAACAUUGCCUCAGCAUACAGAAGACGAUCCAUUUAUUAAUGUUAUUGGCUACUCACACCUUGAUUCAGUCUGGGAAUGGCCAUUUAACAUUUCUCAUUACAAAUUCCGAAAUACAGUGUCAUCAAUGAUCCAUUUAUUCGAAAAUCCACCAACAGACGAGAUACCCAAGUGGAGAUUCCUCGCUACAUCGCCAUUACAUUAUAAAUGGCUCGAAAAAGAUGAUCCAAUUUUAUUUGAGAAGUUGAUGGAAUACGCAAAGAAGGAUAGAAUAGAAGUAGAUGGUCUAACAUUUGUAGAAAUGGACACGAAUUUACCAAGCGGAGAAGCUUUGGUAAGACAAGUUUUAUAUGGCGUCAAAUACUUCGAAGGAAAGCUUGGAUUCAAGCAAUCAACACUUUUCCUACCUGAUUGUUUCGGUUUUUCACCGUCAAUUCCUCAAAUUUUGAAGAACGCCGGAAUUGAAAAUUUCGUAACUUCAAAAAUUUCAUGGAAUGAGUACAACAGCUUCCCACACCAUACAUUCAUAUGGAAAGGAAUCGAUGGCUCCCAAAUUUACUCCCAUUUCAUCACAACUCCAAGCAGCUGGUCGUACCAAGCAUUCACUUACACCGGAUUAUGUAACAUGAGGGAAAUUGUUGGAACAUACUCUUGUUACAACGAAAAAUUCAUCAAUGGUGUUGCAUUGCAUACUGCUGGAAAUGGUGAUGGCGGUGGAGGACUCACUGAAGAGAUGCUUUACAACAUGGAAGUCCUAAACAAACUUCCGAAAAUUGAAGGAGUUCCUCACUUAAAAUUCAAUAAACUCUCAGAAAUUUUUGAGAAGAUCAAAAAAUACCAAGAAAAAUUACCACUUUGGGAUGGGGAAUUAUAUCUAGAAUAUCAUAGAGGAACAGCAACAACACAAGAACUUGUCAAGAAACAGAACAAAAUGUUAGAACAAACUUUACAUAAUGUUGAAUGGUUGUUAUCAAUUUAUAAGUCACUUUUCUGGCAAAAUAAUGUCACUUUUUAUAAAGAAGCGAUAGAAGAAUUAUGGGAAGAAACAAUGAUGUUACAAUUCCAUGACAGUUUGCCAGGAACAUGCAUCAAUGAGGCAAAUAAUGAUAUUGUUAUGAAAGGCCAAAACACACUAAGAAAAUUAAACAAAUUACAAAAGAAUUUGACAGAAAAAUUGACAGAAAAGAUGAAAGUUUCCACAGAAGAAAACACAAAAAUUUUGUUCAAUACUUUGCCAUUUGUAAGAAAAUUGAAUGGAAUAACAGUUCCUUCUGGCGGUUGGACAUUUACAACUACAGAAUUUCCAUAUAUUGACUACAAAGUAGACAUGUAUGAGAUUCUUGAAUCCAGCUCUGAAUACAAGAAGAAUGAAUUCAAUUUCUCUUUCAUUGAGCCUAAAAAUGACAUAAAAGUUUCUUCAACUGACAAUGAAACAUUUUCUGUUUUGACUGACGAGUUGAAUGUUACAUUUUCUAAGAUUAAUGGUUCUAUAUUACAGAUAAGGAGUUUGAAGACAAAAAGACCAUUUUUACGUGGUCCUUCCAAUAUGUUUGAAUUUUAUGAAGACAGAUCCAUUCAUUGGCCAGCGUGGGAUAUACAGUUAUUCCACAAAGAAAUGCCUUUGAAAGCUCCGAAAUUCUUGAACUAUUCAAUUGAAAACAACUCAAUCCAACUGAGUUACAUCAUUUGCGAUGAACCUGAAUGCAACAUCGAAAACGAAAACUGCCAUGGAUACAAGAACACAAGAUAUCUAAAGAGAAAAUCUAAAACAGAAGCUAAAAACGAAACUAAAAUUGAAAAAGUUUCAGAAAUUAAUGGAACUGAUUCUAAAAAUGUUACAGAACUUAAUGAAUCUAUUACAGAAAACAAUACAGAAAAUAAAGUUAAUGAUGAGAAAAUUAAUAAAAAUAUUACUGAAAUUAUCGAAGACAAUGAAGAUAAAAAUAAUAAAGAAAUUAAAGAAAAAAGUGACGAAAAUAAUAAAGAAAUUAAAGAAAAAAGUGACGAAAAUAAUAAAGAAAUUAAAGAAAAAAGUGACAAAGACGAUAAAGAUAAUGAUAAGAAGAAUGAGACAGAACAUUCAGGAGAGAGUUGUGAAGAUAAACCAGAUGAAGAAAAUGACUCUUUCAAGGUUACAAUUAUCAAUCAAACAAUUUAUUUCAGAGAAAAAGGUGUCAUUGAUUUUGUCACUUUUGUUGAUUGGCAUGAACACGAUAAACUUCUUAAGAUAUUAUAUCAAACAAACAUCAGAUCCAAGAGUGCCAAAUACGGCACACAAUUCGGUCAUCACGAAAGACCAACGCAUGGAAAUUUGCCACAAGACAUGGCGAUGUUUGAAGUCAAUGGAAAAUGGGCUGAUUAUUCAGAUUCCACAGGAGGAAUCUAUAUAACAUCUGAUUCUAAAUAUGGAAACGAUAUCCACGAAGGUGACUUGAGAAUGAGUUUGUUGAAAGCACCACUUCAAACUGAUAUGUGGGCAGAUUACGGAAGAAGAGAAUUCACUUACAGAAUGAUGUUCCAUGAUAAAGAAGAAAAUAUUGAGUUCCAGAGACAGAAUCUGGAUCUUGUAACAGAUUUUGUUAUAGCUAACUAUGAACAGCCAAAUACAACAUUGAGUUUGGACGAUUUGCCAAUGGAGGCACAAUUUGUGAAUAUUACAGGAAAUGUCAUUUUAGAUACCCUUAAAUUGAGUGAGGACGAAAAAGGAAUUGUUGUCAGAGUCUUCGAAGCGAAUGGUGGAUGGACAGAGUGCAGUUUAUCAUUCCCGUUGUUGAACAGAAAGAAUUGGAAGAUUGUUCCUUGCAAUUUGCUUGAAAAAGAAGUUAAAUACGAAUUUAAUGUAGACGAAAGCAAGUCUUAUCUUUCUUUCUCUUUCGAAAUAGAAACAUUUAAGAUAUUAUCUUUCAAACUUGAACGUGUUGAGGAAUAA